AUGAGCAAAUAUGAGCGGUCGAUGUUAAUUCAGGCAAUGUUCGUUUCUGGUGUAAUAGAAAUUCAAGCUUUCUGCUUCAACUUCUUGUCGAAGCUUGCGGUCAAACCCGGAAACAGAGAAAUUGAAAUUCCCAUCAAUAUUUUCAUUAACUGCUACAUGAUCUUUAUUGGUGAUAUACUACCAACUGUCAACUUAAUUUUCGUCAAACGAUUUCGUAACAACGCGAAACAAGCAAUUGUAGAAUUAUUUUCAAAAAUUAUGAUCAGAAAAAGAAUGUUUACUAUAGUGAAUACCGUACUUAAGGGAAAAGUUCACCCAGUUGCACAGGUAGACUAA